CAUAAUAGCAAACCGAAGCGAAUAGCCUUCGAAUCCACUGAAGAAAAAAAACCAUGGCCGCACUUUGCUGCACGAAAUUUCUGCGGCGAGCGUUCUUGCCGCUGUCCUUCUUUUUGACGGUGCUGAUUUACCUCGACUACAGCAUCUGGCAAGCGGUGAAGCGCGAUCAUGACGAAACCACGUUCCUGCCAACCGCGGCGAGAACCUCCUCCUCCUCCUCAUCUAGCGGCGACAACGCCACCAGUUCUCGAAAAACGAAAAGAACUCCAACUUCUAACACGAGGACGAAAUCAAUCCGAAGCCGCCACCUCCCGCAGGAUUUGCAGUCCUCGAAGUGGAGCGAGGUGCACAACUUCACCGUCGUGGUCAUGUCCUUCCGCCGGCACUGCGAGGUUGCGGCCAUCGUGAAGCACUUCCGCCGGUGCCGGCCGCGGCAGAUCCGGGUCAUGUGGAACGAUUUGAGUCGGAAGCAUUUGAUUCCCAAGUUCAAAGCCGAGUUCCUGCUCCUGGACGGAACUGCGGACAAGGAUCCCGGAAAACAAGAACACCCGCGUGAUCAUGUAGUUGAGAAGGAGGAACAUCAAACGGAAGUGGUGAUUGACGUCCCGGAAGCCGACAACUUGAUGACGAACCGGUUCGCCGCGAUGCCGUACGGCGAGUUGAAAACCGACGCGGUCUUGCAACUGGACGACGACAUCAUCUACCCCUGCGACGAGGUGAUUGGCGCGUUUCGUCUGUGGCAGCGGUUUAUCAAAUGCAAAUAUGUCAUCUGGGUCUGGAAGAAUGUAUAUUUGUAAUGCUGUCUGCGAAUUCUAAAAGUAUCUGAGUGAAGUGAGUGUUGCAUGAGCAUGAGCAGCAAGAGGAGUCAGUUCUUGGCACGCGGAGAGGGAGUUUCUCAUGCGUAAUUAGCAUCAAGAAACUCUCAAAAAAUCUGUGAUGCUAGCACCAGCAUCACAGACCUCACGGGUGAUGCAAAAUUUCCAUGACAAUCCCCGACUCUUCCAGACCCAGACAUUUUUGCAUUUGAUACGGUUCCCGCACCGCAUGAUUGGCUGGACGCCGAGAUUCUUCGAGUUUCCAGCUCCUCGUGGUGGAAAAAGCAAGUUGCGACCACCAGCCGCAUCUACUGCCUCUUCGUCCGCAACAAGCCAGACCAGUGUUGAUGUUGAAAAUUACGAUGGGCUGCAGUAUUCCUGGGACACGAGCUACCACAAAUUCGGGUGGAACCGCGCCUCCACCGUGUUUUUGACCAAGGGCGGCAUGGCGCACAAGCGAUUUUACAAGGCGUACGGGACCGACCCGCGGUUUGCCGAAUUUCGGGACAUUGUGAACGAGAAACGGACGGCGGAAGACAUUUUGAUGUCCUUCGUGCACGCGAUUACCAUCAGGGAGGAAGUGGCUGGACAAGAACAAGCAGGAGCUACUUCGGCAAAGUCCUCUUCUAGCAGCCUGAUGAUCCGUGGCACGACGGCGGUGACAAACGCGACGGCUCGUGAUGUUACAGUUCCUGCUGUUGCAAUAGAAGACAGAAAACCGCUCGUCGUCCUGGCUUAUGGCGCGCAUCAGGCGUCCGAUAACAUUCCCUACGGUAUGAGUUGCGAUUUGGUAGGAACCACAUCAACCGCUGGUAGCAGUACUUCUACGAGCGAAAAGAAACCAGUCCAGCAGAUAACCUCCCACAGUAUCAACUGCAACUAUGUUGUGUGGGUCUGAAAGGAUGCAGAUAUUUUGAUGUCACAGUGGUACUUGUUUGCAUGAUCCCUGAACUUUGCUUCUAUGGCAUAACAGCAUGAUAACAAGUUUUGCCCGGCUUCUUGCGAAUUCAUUCGCCGCGUUUAGCAGCAUUACAAACAGACUUCCAGUGUCAGAAGAAGCCUCGCGAUUCCUCUCCAUGCGUCACAGAUCUUGAUGGUGUAUCUUAACUCGUUUGCGCACGACUUAAGCUUAGCUUGUUCGCGCACGACUUAAGCCAUACCCUAAGUAUUCGCACGGGACUACAGCUCUUCGCCCGGUUCCUCAGAGCUCACUCCGUUGGCGCACGGCUUAAGCGAAGCUUAAGUCGUUCGCGAACGCCUUAGGCCCUUAGCCGUUUCGCGACGCCUUGAGCUUAACUCGUUCGCGAGCGACUUAAGCCCUUAGCCCUUUCGCGAACGACUUAAGCUUAAGUCGUUCGCAAACGACUUAAGCGCUUAACCCUUUCGCGAACGACUUAAGCUUAAGUCGUUCGCGAACGACUUAAGCGCUUAGCCCUUUCGCGAACGACUUAAGCCUUUAGCCCUUUCCCGAACGACUUAAGUCCGUAGCCCUUUCGCGAACGACUUAAGCUUAAGUCGUUCGCGCACGACUUAAGCCUUUAGCCCUUUCGCGAACGACGUAAGCCCUUAGCCCUUUCGCAAACGACUUAAGCGCUUAACCCUUUCGCGAACGACUUAAGCUUAACUCGUUCGCGAACGACUUAAGCCCUUAGCCCUUUCGCGAACGACUUAAGCUUAACUCAUUCGCGCAUGCCUCAAGUUUCGCAUCAGCACAAGGCCCGACCUCGACAUAGUUGCAAUGCAUACACGCGGCGUACAAACCUCUCUCCGCAUAUUCUGACAGUAUGGAAAGGCGGUUCAAAAUCUUGCAGCAGCUCGCCACGAGAUUCGGCGACGUUUUUGAAACAGCGACCUUUUCCGAAGAUUACGCCGUUUGGGAUUGGCGCGUGGGAAAGAUGAGACUUGUGAAGGACUACUGCGGGAGCAGUGGGAGCGUUUUCAAUGCUUUGAAUUAUUUGCUCUGCGUCCGGGAAAUGUGGACGCUCCGGGGGAACAUGACGCAAUGAAGAACUGCGGGGUCAUCUCAUGGGGGGCGAAACAAGUCUCCGUUCUCUGCGAAGGAAGGAGGCUUCGCAGCAAGAAAUUUUUCAGAUAAAAAGGAAGUAAAGUAGACUUCUUGGCGUUUCUACAUAGCAUGCCCGUGCGCGGUCUGUAAAUUUUCAAAGCUGCUCGUCAGCACCCUUGUACAAUUGAAAAAGCCGACACGGGAAUCGAUAGAAAUGAA